CAUCAUUGUCCGAAGUGUCUGGCCAACUAGUGUGAGCUUUAUCGAUAUCGUCUAACAAAAAGAUCACGCACACUCCUUUGCUGUGGCAAUAUUUGAGUGACUUUCCCGGCUUUUCCAAGUCCUUUCACGGCUUUGCAAGGAUUGAUUAGCUGAAUUUAUCCUCAUCAUGGUUUGCGCUAAGUGCGAAGCGAAGGUCGGCAAGGUCAUCACGCCCGACCCUUGGAAGACAGGAGCGAGGAACACCACCGAAGGCGGCGGCCGAAAAAUCAACGAGAAUAAAGCUCUGUCUUCCAGGGCACGUUCCAACCCCUACGGCGGCACUAAGUUCGAGAAAUGUAGGAUCUGCAGGUCGAAAAUUCAUCAGCAGGGAGCGUAUUAUUGCCAGUCAUGUGCCUACAAAAAGGGCAUCUGCGCGAUGUGCGGAAAGAAAAUCAUCGACACCAAAAACUAUAAGCAGUCAGCGGUGUAAGAUGGUGGUUCUUCUGCUCGUUUGGCAAGGCGCUUGCUAAGAAUUUUCGGCGAUCAAACAAAUAGCAGUAAUCCACCAACGUGGGACACCUCGAAUGCAGAAGUCAAGGUGGACUUCACUACUAAAUCCAAACCGUUGAACUUGAAAGACUUUGGUGCUGCUGAUUGAUGCGGUGCAGAAGUUCAUGACUGUGCUAUGAAGAUAGCCAUCCACACCCAGACACCUGCUCAAGGCUGAUGAAGUGGUCGCAGUGGGGCUCUCUGGAAUCGAGAAUCUGAGAUGCAAGACUCCUUUGAGAUGGCGCUGCGGUGACUCAUGUAAAUAGAUUAUCAGAUUUCUUACUAAAAUAUAUUGUGAUCUCUGAAUAAAAUUAGUGUCAUUUUGUAUAAUAUAAUUAUAA